AUGGCAAACCGCGAUUAUUACGGCACUGAAAAUCCUGAGCUAUGGAAGGAAAAUACCACGAAUGACACAAGUAACAAAAUGUCGACAGCAAUUUCUGAUCCGACCAUCCAGUCGUCUGAUCACCUGCAAACGCCUCAGAACAUGUCUUACGAGCAGCAGCAGCAGCAGCAACAACAACUCCUCCAAUCUGAUCUGUACCGAGGUACAGAUCCUCAGAUGCCGCAGGAAAGUGAAAGGGGCCUAGGAGCAACCGUGGUCGGAGCAACUGGAGGAGCAUUUUUAGGCCACAAAUUUGCUGAAGACUCUGGCCAUGGCACUUUGGGUACAAUUGGCGGUGGUGUGGCAGGUGCGUUGCUCGCUAAUGCAGUCGAGAGCGUGGUCAGAGAUUGCCAUGGAGGACAUCAUCAUCACGAACGUCAUGAUCGCGUGAGGGAGAGAUUGGAACGACGAUUGGAUAGGUUGGGUUAA